UAGGGAAGGUUCAUGUGUAUGUCAAUGGACAAGCCGAAGCAAUGCGUUUCUGUGAAUGACACUUUACCUCAGGGUUUCUCGAUUAUUGAGCUAAACUGUUAUUUUUAAACUUCUACAAGAAUAGUGCGCUGAAUUUAGUUCGGUGGAUGAGAACAAAUAUGAGAUUUUAGCAAGGUUUUAUUGCUUUGGUCAGCAUUUACUGAUACAUUUUCUGCAAAAAGCUGUAAAAAACACUAAUAUUCAGGAUGCAAACAAGAGAGUUCUUCGUUUCAGCACCAGGGAAAGUAAUUCUCCACGGUGAGCAUUCUGUCGUGCAUGGAAAGGUUGCUUUGGCUGUGAGUUUGAAUUUGCGCACAUUCCUGCGGCUGCAGUCCACAUCAUCCGGUGAAGUGCGCAUUAACCUCCCCAAUAUUGACACUUUCCUGUCCUGGGAAAUAACUGCGCUGCAGCCUCUUCUGGCUGGGUGUAAAGCAGAGCAGGGGGACUUGAAGGAACUUGACGCAGAUCUUUUGAAGAGACUACGUGAAUUCACGGGCAUUUCAGAUGAUUCCACAGACACAAGAAGCAUGGCAGUGUUGGCUUUCCUCUACAUGUACCUGGCUGUUUUUGCGGAAGAUCUGGCCAGUAUCACAGUGUCUGUGUGGUCGGAGUUGCCCACAGGAGCUGGUUUAGGCUCCAGUGCCGCCUAUAAUGUUUGCCUGUCUGCCGCUCUGCUGUCUGCCAGAGGGACCAUAUCAUCUCCUCUUAGGCCACAGCAGGAGUCAGCCAGAUGGUGUAAAGAUGAGAUGGAGCUGAUUAACAGGUGGGCGUUCAUGGGCGAGAAGAUCAUCCAUGGUAACCCUUCAGGGGUGGAUAAUGCCGUGGGCACAUGGGGUGGCUUUUUAAGAUACCAUGCUGGGAAUAUAACUCCACUAAGCUGGGUCCCCAUUCUGAGAAUCCUUCUCACUAACACCAAAGUACCACGUAGCACCAAAGUGCUUGUUUCUGGAGUGAAGGACAAAAUUAACAAGUUUCCCUUCGUAAUGAAGCCGGUUCUGGAGUCUGUCAGCGCUGUGUCCUGCACCUGUGAACAGACUCUCACAGAGAUGGCCGCACACGGACCUUCAGCUGAGCACUACAACAUAUUAGAGGAGCUGAUUGAUAUAAACCAGCACCAUCUGAACGUGAUGGGUGUGGGUCACUCAUCUCUGGACACACUGUGUAGGGUCACUCUGGCCAGGGGGCUGCACAGCAAACUGACGGGGGCAGGAGGAGGAGGCUGUGGAAUCACUCUCCUACGACCAGAGACCGAUACAUCAGUGAUUCAGAGCACCGUUGAGGAGUUAAAGUCUUGUGGCUUUGACUGCUGGGAGACCAGUAUUGGAGCUCCUGGGGUACAGCAGCACUCUUCUGCUGCACUCAGUCAGGAUAUCCUGAAGAUCCUCUACAGCUACUGAGACACAAAGAAAACACUGUACUUUAUGCUUCGUCCUUAUCAUUAGCACGAAUGCUCAUUGCUGCUGUUAAUCUGGAUCUUGGUUCAACAAAUGUAGUUAAUAAUCAGACUUGGAAAAUGUUAUAUUAAAAAUUGGAAAAUAAUAUAAAACAUAAGCUUAUCAUCUGUUGAAUUAAGAAAUAUCUAUUUGUAUUAUUACAUUCAAAGUGCUUAUGCAUUGUAAGCAUCAAACUCAGUACGUUUUUAUAUGACACUAGAUGGCAGCAGAGUGUAAGACAUGGAUUUAAUACUGUCAAUUUUAGACAGUGUGUAUGGAAUCCAAAUAAUAGAUAUUUUUAGAAAUUUUUUUUUAAAUUAAUUAAAAAAUAAUAUUUAAUAAAUUCCAAUCUUCUU